CCAGAACUGCACGUAAUCAUUGAAAUCAUAGUAAAACUUCAAACCUGCAUGAACAUGUGGAAAUCUUAAUGUUCACGUCAUAAAGAGACGAAUAUCUACAGCUGUUUGCAGCUUGUGUGACGUCAAACCAAUAGAUGCAGAAACCAGACGCCAGCCAAAAGAAAUGCAACAUAGCAGCUGCAGAAAUGUUUUAUUUUCUAGGCAACGAAGAGGGAGUGUGUGCAGAGAGACUCUGAGAGACAGAAGCGAGCCGAAGUGAAGAACAUGUGAAACAGGAAGGACGGUGUGGGUCGAUGCAUGCGUGUCUCAGUGUGACUUUGACUUUGUGGUCUGUUUCUGGGUUUGCUGUAUAAAUUCUCAGACGGCGUCUUCCUCCUGAGCGUCAGUCUGCUGCACAGACAGCAAACUGCUGGACGUCCACACCGCAGCAGGUGACCUGCAGGCUCCACUUCAGCCAUGAGUCGGCGGCGGGUCUCGGUCAAAGAUCUGGGGGUGUUGGACUGUCAGGGCUGGCUGCUCCGCAGGAAGGGGGGUCGCAGCUUCCUGGGAAGCAGAUGGAAGAGAUACUGGUUUGUCCUAAAGAAGACUUCUCUGUACUGGUACACAAACAAGAUGGCGGAGAAAGCAGAAGGAUUCAUCAACCUGUCCGGCUUCACCAUCGAAAAGGCCAAACGGUGCAAGAAGAAACAUGCCAUGACAGCCAGUCAUCCUCUCGUUGUGACGAUAUUCAUCUCUGCAGAGAGCUUCACAGACAUGAACAAGUGGAUCAGUAAACUGUCUGAAGCAGCUGAGCCGUGUGAACUGAUCAACACUGAAGAGUGCUACAGUGAGGGCAGCGAUCAGGACGGAGACGAGUGUGUGUCCACUUCCUGUUCUCUGAACUCUGAACAGGAAACGGCAGAAUCUGGCGACGACCUCCAGCCUCUCAGCGAGUCUCCGCCCUGCACCGCAAUCCCUCCCGCGACACCGAGCGGGGACCUCAGCAGAAGGGAGGGGGGAGGAACUGUGAGUAGAAACAGAAGAAGAGCCUCGGCCGGCAGUGAACGCCUCUCCUGGCCUGAAGGAGCUGGAGGAGGAGCGUCCCCCCCCCUGCUGCACGUCGAAGAACACAGAGAAGAAGAAGAGGUCGUCCCUGCUUCGUCUCUUUGUGCAGAGAAGCCGCCGGAUGAGAUGGAGAGUCUCUACAAACACCUGCAGGCAGCCAGCUUGUCUCCGAUUGGUCGGUCCAGUCAGAGGGACUUCAGAGCGUCGUUCACGCGACGCUGUAAGAACGACAAAGUGAACGAAGAGCUUCACCUGCUGCGGAUCCUCAGCAGCACUCUGAAGGCCAAACAGUCGGAGCUGCAGGCGGUGGAGCAGAUCCUGAGCCAGCCGACUCUCGCGCCGCCCACAUACAGGAAGUGGAGACUCUCCAACAUCGUCCUGCUGCAGGAGAUCGCUCUCCGAACGCAGGCAGCAGGGGGCGCUGCAGAGCCGGGACCCGGGGGCGCUGCAGAGCCGGGACCCGGGGGCGCUGCAGAGCCGGGACCCGGGGGCGCUGCACAACAGUCCACGUAGCGCCUGUUUUAGUGUCUUAGACGUGAUUUAAAAUGUUAAUGAUUCCUUUUAAAGCUCUGUUCUCGCACAUCGCUCUUCAUGUUCACUGUCGUAGUGAUGCGUACCCCUCGUGGUAGAUUACUGUUUUUAUUUACUAUUUAUCUGUUCAAAGUUCUAUUUAAAUACAAUAAUAAUAAUUAUUACUAUUGUUUUACGUAACGUUGAUGAACGUGUUCCAAGUGACUUCUUAUGUGACUUUAAUGUCGGGUGCUGAACGAGGAAGUGAAAGGUGUACGUCACAUCUGAUGACUCUGAGCUGCUGUGACGACACGUCGUGUGCGGAGCAAUAAAGAUCUCGUCUUAAGUACUAUUUUAUUACGUACUUGUACUCAUUUAUACUUCUAUUCCACUACAAUUUGGCCCAUUUUGUUCUUUGUACGGCACUAAAUGUAUUUUAAAGCUUUAGUUACUUUGCUGAAUUAGAUUAUUAAUACAAAAUAUAAAUAAACUAUCUUAUAUUAUUGUGUGGUUAAAUCUUUUAGAAUUGUUCCGUUUUAUUUGUGUAUUUUUAAUCGCCUGAUAUUUUUGAUGUUUUUACAAAAGAAACAUUGUGAAAAUGUCACUUUGGUAAUUGUGUAGUUAUUUCUAUUUAUUUAUUUAUUUUCUUUACUGUUUUUACACCAAAUUGAAUUAAUUUAAUCAUGAAUUGAAAAUGACCUCAACCAACAGUAAAAUCCUGCUUUUACAGUAAUGCAUGAGUAAUACUAAUCUAAUGAUAUCAUAUAUCAUGGUAUUAUAUUUUAAGUACUGUUUCUUACAUACUUUUAUUGAAGUAAUAAAAGUAUUGUUUUAUACAGUGUGGUAUACCAUGGCAUUAACUUCUCUUAACUACAAGAG